AUGUCUAGUACCAUUGAGCUCGGGGAUCGUCUUUUGCCAGAGAACAAUGCGCAGGGUCCAGUAUUAUCAUGGAACGAACGGAUUAGAAACCAAGAAAUAUACUCGCGCACUUGUAAGCGAUAUUACAAAAACACAGUAGAAGUCUCACCUUCAGAAAAUGAAGAAAUACAAGCAUGCAGAUGUGGUCGUCUGAAACGAUCGCAUAGUCUAGAGGCUAUUCCAGGUGAACGAUUAUCUAAUGAUGACAAUCAUAAUGAUAUCGUUCAGGUCGCAGUUUGCACCUAUGGAACAUUGACUGGUUUAACAAAUGAUUCGAAAUUUAUUCGAUGUGAUAUUGAUACACCGGCAGCUAUUCUUUACAAUUUGAUUAAAGAGGACAUUAAUCGGCAACAUUAUGAAACUGGACCAAGAUUCAUCAUUACAAUUUGCGGUGGCCAUAAGUAUUUUACUAUGUCUGAACCGCAUGAAAAAGAGUUUAUGAAUGGUAUUCUAGAUGCAGCGUCGGAUGCAGGUGCUUGGAUUUUAACUAGCGGUAUGAACAAUGGUGUAGUAAAAAUAAUUGGUGAAGGUUUUUCACAGUAUCCUCUAUUGAAGCAAAUGUCUGAUUUUUCCAAAUUUGUGCUUUGUAUCGGACUGACAAAAUGGGGUUGUCUAACAGAACAGACAAGAAAUGAAUUGAAAGAAAUAUCAUCACAAAGUUCAAAUCCGUCGAACAACCAAAUUCUGGAAAACUUUAUAGAAGAUAAAGAAACAUUAGAGCCACAUCAUACACAUUUUUUAUUAUUAGAUGAUGGGCAAUUGAACGGUUAUUUAAACGAUACUUUAAGAACAAAUUUUGUUGACGAAUUUACUAAAGAUACUACUACUACAAAUGGUACUCAAGUCGGUGACACACGUAAGUCGAAAUGA